AUGCUCCCAACCUGGGCGCCUCUGCUCUUCUUAGCCAUGUGGGGGAGAAGCGCCUUUGGUGGCCCGCUCUCCUUCAGAAUAGCCGCCAUCCUCGAUGACCCAAUGGAGUGCAGCAGAGGUGAGCGUCUGGCCAUCACGCUGGCCAAAGACAGCAUCAACCGCAACAGCAACCGCUCCACCACCGGGAAGCUGGAGGUGGAUAUCUUUGAACUGCUCCGGGACAGCGAAUAUGAGAUGGGGGAGACAAUGUGUCAGAUCAUGUUUAAAGGCGUGGUGGCAGUCCUCGGCCCCUCCGCUAGUCCUGCCUCCAACUCCAUCAUCAGCAACAUCUGUGGCGAGAAAGAGGUGCCGUACGUGAAGGUGGCUCCCGAGGACAUUCUGAAGGUGCAGUUCCCCCGGUUCACCACCCUGGACCUGAGGCCCACCAACACCGACAUCAGCCUGGCGGUGGCGGGCCUGCUCACCUUCUUCAACAGUACCACCGCAUGCCUGAUCUGUGCUCAGUCCGACUGCUUAUUGAACCUGGAGCGGCUCCUCCGCCAGUUCCUGAUCUCCAAGGAGACUCUGUCGGUGCGCAUGCUGGACGACAGCCAGGAUCCCACCCCUCUGCUGAAGGAGAUCCGCGACGACAAGACUGCCACCAUCAUCGUGGACGCCAACGCCACCAUGUCACACAUCAUCCUCGAAAGGGCCUCGGAGCUGGGUAUGAUGUCGGUCUACUACACCUACAUCUUCACGUCUCUGGAGUUCCCUCUGCUGCGAUUGGAUGACGUGGCGGACCAGAGGGUCAACAUAGUUGGAUUUUCGGUCUUUAACAGAACCCACCCCUUCUUCCAGGACUUCCUGCUCAGCCUCAACAGAUCUUGGCAAGAGAACUGUGACCACGCUCCAUUCGCUGGCACACCGCUCUCCUCUGCGUUGCUGUUUGACGCGGUGCAUGUGGUGGUGGCUGCGGUACAGGAGCUGAACCGCAGCCAGAACGUGGGCGCCACAAUGCUGUCCUGCAAGACCUCCAAGAUCUGGGAGCACGGCACCAGCCUGAUGAACUACCUGCGGAUGGUAGAGUUGGAAGGACUGACGGGGCACAUUGAGUUCAACAGCAAAGGCCAGCGGUCCAACUACGCUCUGAGGAUCAUGCAGAACGGCAAGGACGGCCUCAGGCAGAUUGGCCAGUGGCACUCUGAAGAUGGUCUCUCCAUGGAGAGAAAGCUUCCCUCCAUCAACGUAACAGAGACCCUCUUCAACACCACCCUCACCAUAACCACCAUAUUGGAGAACCCGUACGUGAUGCUGCGGCCAAACCACCAGGCGCUGGAGGGCAACGAGCGCUACCAGGGCUUCUGCGUGGACAUGCUGAAGGAGCUGGGCGACAUCCUCAAGUUCAAGUACCGCAUCCGGCUGGUGGGGGACGGCCACUACGGGGUCCCCGGGGCUAACGGCACCUGGACCGGCAUGGUGGGGGAGCUCAUCUCCAGAAAAGCCGACCUGGCCGUGGCCGGUCUGACCAUCACGGCGGAGCGGGAAAAGGUCAUCGACUUCUCCAAGCCCUUCAUGACCCUGGGCAUCAGCAUCAUGUACCGUGUCCACCUGGGUCGCAGGCCCGGCUACUUCUCCUUCCUGGACCCCUUCUCCCCGGGGGUGUGGCUCUUCAUGCUGCUGGCCUACCUCGCCGUCAGCUGCAUCCUCUUCCUGGUUGCCAGGCUGACGCCGUAUGAGUGGUACAACCCCCACCCAUGUCUGAAGGGCCGCUGUAAUCUGCUGAUCAACCAGUACUCCCUGGGGAACAGCUUCUGGUUCCCCGUGGGCGGCUUCAUGCAGCAAGGCUCUACCAUCGCACCGCGGGCUUUGUCCACGCGCUGCGUCAGCGGAGUGUGGUGGGCCUUCACCCUGAUCAUCAUCUCCUCGUACACCGCCAACCUGGCGGCCUUCCUGACGGUGCAGAGGAUGGAAGUGCCCAUCGAGUCAGUGGACGACCUGGCCGACCAGACGGCCAUUGAGUACGGCACCAUGCACGGCGGCUCCACCAUGACCUUUUUCCAGAACUCCCGCUACCAGACGUACCAGCGCAUGUGGAACUUCAUGCACUCCAAGCAGCCCAGCGUGUUCGUCAAGAGCACCGAGGAGGGCAUCGCCCGCGUGCUCAACUCAAACUACGCCUUCCUUCUGGAGAGCACCAUGAACGAGUACUACCGCCAGAGGAACUGCAACCUGACGCAGAUAGGAGGCCUGCUGGACACCAAGGGCUACGGCAUCGGGAUGCCCCCAGGCUCAGUGUACCGGGACGAGUUUGACCUGGCCAUUCUGAAGAUGCAGGAAGACAAUCGUCUCGAAAUCCUCAAGAGGAAGUGGUGGGAAGGCGGCAAGUGCCCAAAGGAGGGGGACCAUCGCGCCAAAGGGUUAGGCAUGGAGAACAUUGGUGGCAUCUUCGUGGUGCUGGUCUGCGGCCUGCUGGUGGCCAUCUUCAUGGCGGUGCUGGAGUUUAUGUGGAUGAUGAGGCAGACGCCCGUGACGGAGCAGUCCAUGUGUGAGGAGAUGCUGCGGGAGCUGCAGGGCAUCGUCCUGUGUCGUGACAGCCUGCAGGUGAGGCGCCGGCGGGGCGCGUCCAUCCUGCGGCCGCGGCCCCUCCCCCUGGAGGAGCGCCGGGCACGGACCGCCGCCGCCGCCGCCAGCCUCAGCAACGGCAAGCUGUGCGGGGGCACCGGGCUGGCAGAGCCCCCCCUCUCCCACAGACUGGCCCAAGAGGCGGCGCUGGUGGCCCGGGGCUGCAGCCACAUCCGCAUCUGUCCCGAGUGCCGACGCUUUCAGGGCCUCAGGAUGAGGCCUCCGGGGGCCACGGGCGCCCUGCCCUCCCCGACACACAGCGACGAAAGCAUAGAGUGGGACAAAACCACCAAUAGCAGUGAACCCGAAUGA